UGCCAUCGGAGUAAACAAUUUAUAUUGCAAAACGUUUUGCAACAGAAUCGGCGUAAUGAUUACACCCAGAGAGAGUAACCCAGUUUGCGCUGAGCUGUUGUAAAAUCACAGCUGGUUCAGCAUCCACCACAACAACACACUGCUUAGCAGAAAAGCGAAUUUAGAUUUUCUCCUCUGAUUUGGAACACCUAAACAGGUACGCUGGAAUUUUCUGACACCCACUCGGACAUGUCUUAUGUCUUCAUUAACGACUCGUCGCAGACCUCCGUUCCCCUGCUGCAGGCCUGCAUUGACGGGGACCUGCCUUUCGCCAAGCGGCUACUGGAGACGGGCUGUGACCCAAACAUCCGGGACAACCGGGGUCGUACGGGCCUGCACCUAGCGGCUGCCAGGGGGAACGUGGACAUCUGUUGGUUCCUCCAUAAGUUUGGGGCAGACCUCCUGGCUACAGACUACCAGGGUAACACAGCCCUGCACCUCUGUGGACAUGUGGAUACCAUCCAGUUCCUGGUGUCCAACGGCCUCAAGAUAGACAUCUGUAACCACAACGGGUCGACUCCCCUUGUACUGGCCAAGAGGCGCGGGGUGAACAAGGAUGCUAUCCGACUGCUGGAGGGCCUGGAGGAGCAGGAAGUUAAAGGAUUCAACAGAGGAGCCCACUCCAAACUGGAGACCAUGCAGAUGGCUGAGAGCGAGAGUGCAAUGGAGAGCCACUCCCUGCUCAACCCCAACCUCCAGAACAGUGAGGGGGUACUGUCCAGUUUCAGGACCACCUGGCAGGAGUUUGUAGAGGACCUGGGCUUCUGGAGGGUGCUGCUACUACUGGUGGUUAUCGCCCUGCUCUCCCUGGGCAUCGCUUACUACGUCAGCGGGGUGCUGCCCUUCUCCGCCAGCCAACUGGAGCUGGUACACUGAGGAGGGAGAGAGGAACGGUCGGAACUGGGGCACAGAUAGAGGAAGGAGGGGUUUUAAAAAAAGAAAGAGGACAAGAAUGGAAGGUUUGGGGCGACAUGCAAGGAAGCACUGGGGUUUAGAUUGUAAAGGAGUGGGUGGAUGUUUUAACUUUUAGAUUCACUCGCGCACACAUACGUACUCGCAUAAUUCCAGCAAAACAUUCCCUUUCCAACCUUGGAGACUACUCUUACCUUAACAAUCCAGCCCAUUCUAGCAGAGAGCAGAGUAAUGCUUGUUCUCAUGUGAUGUCAUUGUGAUUGAUAUGACGAGCCAGGGCUUGUUGUCCAUAUGUGAUGGUUAACAGUGGCUUUUCCCCAGCUGGGCCACGUCCCAAUGAUCUCUCAUUCCUCCUAAAGUGUGCACGUGUUAACUUCCCUUCACUAAUUUGAAAGGAUAUGACUGGUAUAUGAAAUAUGGCUAGAACUCCCACCCAGGCCUCCACCAAUCCAAUGCUUUUAGAUUUGUGAGAAGGCGUGAAUUAGUGUACACUUCAGGAGAUAUUAUUGGGCAGCACCCCGGAAGUCUGCAUUUCCUGCAUUUUGUACUAUAUAUGUGUUCUAUAACAUUUGCUUUAAACAUUCUCAACGUGGCCCGUUAUGAAUGAGAAUCCACAUCAUUUCAUGUGUCAACGUGGCCCGUUAUGAAUGAGAAUCCACAUCAUUUCAUGUGUUAGUAAUGACAAAAUAAAUGACUAAAUCAAACUAAAUAUUGUACAGUGGUGUGAAUUUGUCACCGUUUUCUUUUUCUGGAAUACUCACAUGGCUUUUUAACGAAUAACCCUCAAAAAGAGAAAAUAUUCAAAUCUGUAGUGCUGGAAAAAGUACCCCGUUGUCAUACUUGAGUAAAAGUAAAGAUACCUUUUAAUAGAAAAUGACAAGUGAAAGUCACCCAGUAAAAUACUACUUGAGUAAAGGUCUAAAAGUAUUUGGUUUUAAAUAUACUUAUGUAUCAAAAGUAAAUGUAAUUAAGUAUCAAAAGUAUAAAUCAUUUCAAAUUCCUUAUAUUAAGCAAAUCAGAUGGCACCUUUUUUCUAGUAUUUUUUAAUUUAUGGAUAGCCAGGGGCACACUCCAACAUCAUUUAGAAACAAAGCAGGUGUGUUUAGUGAGUCGCCAGAUCACCAGCAGUAGGGAUGACCAGAUGCUCUCCAGUGCGUGAAUUUGACAAUUGUCCUGUCCUGCUAAGCAUUCAAAAUGUAAUGAGUACUUUUGGGUGUUAGGGAAAAUGUAUGGAGUAAAAAGUAUAUUAUUUUCUUUAGGAAUGCAGUAAAGUAAAAGUAGUAAAAAAUAUACAUAAUAAAGUACAGAUACCCCCAAAAAGUCAUUUACACCACUGCAAUUCUGACAUCAUGUGGUUUCAUACUAAUAUUAAGUUACAUAACUUUGCCUAUCUAAUGUAGUUGACACUAUUCGAGUUUAUAAGAAGAGAAAUUGUUGCGUUGUGGACCUUUUUCCUAAUGUUGUCACAAUACAUAUUUUUCUGUGUUAUGUUCUGUACUUUUCUAUUGUUUACUUGUAUUUUGUUAAGUUCUAUUCAUGUUAAUAUUACUUCUUUUUUUUAAGUCUCUUAUUUGUUUUAACGAUUUACGCAACACGGUCAAACGGUCUUACAAAGACAAUAUUUUCGGUUUAUUUCCAUUCUUACUGUUAAUAACAGGUCUCUUUCACCCACACUUCAGUUCAGAAUUUCCCUACUAAUGAUAAUCAAGCUAGAACUAUUGUGUGGAAUUUUGCAAAGAGCAAAAAUCCAACCGAAAUCCAACCAAGUGUGUAGAGUUGGCCUGAGUGCCAGUCUGUUUCUGCUGUCUUGCCAACUCCUUUAUGGAACUGUCAUGCUGUUGCUUGAUGAUGACUGCAAUGGAGUUGACAAGGGCACAAACAGAUCUGGGACCAGGCUAGUGUAGAUUUGCAUGGGAAUGGAUGUGUCAUGGUUCCUCUUCCAACUCCAUGUCGAGUACACAAUUAACUGUAGAGUAAGUAGCACCUUGAUUGUGUGCCUUUUGAAAGAAAAAUAAAUAAAUGUUUGCUGCAUUUUGUGUUCAGUUAGUUGACAGCUUGUUAAACAGUGGUAGGCUACCAAAUAGAAAAACUUUGUUUUCUGAAGAUUAUUCUAAAUAUUCUGUUUUUAUGUUGUUUUUUUGCCAUGUCAAUUGUAGUAUAUAAAUACAAAUAAAAGAGAAUCAAAUUA